UCAAAAAAUGACAUAACCUAAAAGGCCGCGUCAUUACAUUAUAAAUAAUAAAUGUUUUUAAUAUUUUUCUAUGGAAUUAAAUAAAUUUACUAGUCAAUUAAGUUAAGAUUUUAGCAUAUUACAAAAUGGAUUUACACAAACCGGUGGAUAUAGCGAAUAAGUCGGUUGAGGAAUUAACACCUGAGGAAAAAUGGAGGCUAGAGCAUCAGAAAUUACAUGAGCAACACAAAGGGCACGAAAAAAUGCACGCAGAGAUGGUCCUUAUACUAAUUCUAACUUUAGUAGUAGCCCAAGUAGUUUUAAUUGAAUGGAAAAAACGCCAUUCCCGCUCGUAUCUUUUAGUAACGCUACUCGGAAUGUGGAUAAUUCCAUUAAUUAUAUGUCUGCGUAAUCGCUGGUGGCGUUUCAUCUAUAUCUGGUUGCUAUUUUCAUGUAUCACAAGUCUAAUAGUACGAAAAGCGAUGCAAAAACCUAUCACGGGUACCACCCCACGACUAGUCUAUAAAUGGUUUCUUUUUAUCUAUAAACUAAGCUACGUUUUGGGUAUCUUAGGCUACUUUAUCAUGAUGGCGACUUUUUUCGGUCUCAAUUUAGUUUUUAACGCAAAAGCUAACACUUGGAUGGACUGCGCUUUACUUUUAGUUUUUUACGGGUUAUAUUACGGCGUUUUGGGACGCGACAUUUCUGAGAUUUGCGCCGAUAAAAUGGCUUCGCAUGUUGGGUAUUACACUAAUCAAGGCAUGCCAACGCGGAAUUUGGAUCCCUCAGUGUGUGCUGUUUGCGGAAAUAAAUUAUUAGUUAGUGAAAAUGAAGAGGGGGUCAUAGAAAACACCUACAAGCUGACUUGUGACCACGUGUUUCAUGAGUUUUGUAUACGAGGGUGGUGUAUCGUGGGUAAAAAACAGACGUGUCCCUAUUGUAAGGAGAAAGUUGACUUAAAAAAAAUGUUUUGUAAUCCAUGGGAGAAGCCGCAUGUGCUUUACGGGCAGCUACUGGACUGGAUUAGGUGGCUCGUGGCUUGGCAACCCAUGAUUUUGUUUCUGGUACAAGGGAUUAAUUGGGUUCUGGGGCUAGAAUAAGGGUUGUUUAAGCAAUGAAAAAAUGUUUUAAA